AUGAGGCAACCGGGGGCGUACUCUAAUCUUCUGAGUGGGGGCAAGACGGGACCUCAUUCGCUGCCACUAGCAAGAAUCAAGAAGAUCAUGAAGAAAUCAGGUGAGGAUGUGAAAAUGAUAUCGGGGGAAGCCCCCAUCGUGUUCUCCAAGGCGUGUGAGUUGUUCAUCGAAGAGUUGACGAAAAGGGCGUGGGCGAUGACGCUGCAAAGGAAGACAAGGACAAUGCACAAGGAAGAUGUGGCUGCUGCUGUUAUGGAAACUGAUAUAUUUGAUUUCCUUGUUGGCCUUGUCUCUCACACUCCUAACCCUAGUGCUGCUAUCGAGUCUUGA